AUGAUGAGUGAAAAAGAGGUUAGUAUCAAAGAGACAACUACCACCGAAGCCACUAGCAAAGCAAUCAAUGCAAAGUAUGCAAGAAUUGCAUUUGCAACAUUCCUAUUAGCAGGAAUAGCGAUGUAUAUUCUAUGCUACUCCGUGCCUCAGCCAACCAACCUUGCAGCAGCUCCGUUUCAAACAUCUACACAUGCAUCCAACUUUGACAAGAGAGAUGACUCGUCCACCUCCUCCUCUACUUCAAAUUCAGACUCCUCCGAAACAUCAGAUCUGAAAAGCACACCCAUUUAUGACAAAUCGUGGAUGCAGUUUCUUUUUGCAUUGGCUGGUUUGAUUGUGCUCAAUAUGAUUGCCAUCUGUAUCCAUCAUCUAUAUCUAAUUGUCACGAGGUCGCAAAACAAAUAUCGAGCUUUCGAGGAUGAGAAGUCUCCGUUUUAA